AUGGAAGGCAGCAGAUCUAUAAUCGGGGCUUCGGAUGAAUUAAGUGACAUAUUUUGUGAGCCAUGUGAAAAAAUUCAGCAACAAAAGACGGCUGAUGGAUUUUGUGUUGAUUGUUCAGAAUAUUUAUGUGGACCUUGCUUUAGUUACCACAAGCGUUGUAAAUCGUUUGAAAAUCAUGUGCUACAGGAUAAAAGUAAAAUGCCUUGGGAUCGAAAAAAUGUGAAGACUAAGGACAUAUGUAUUGAAAAAUGUCAUGUACACAUGGACAAAGUAACUGAAUAUUUUUGUGCUUCUUGUGACAAAGCUGGAUGCCAUGUAUGCAUGACAAUUGAUCAUCGGAAAUGUAAUAUCAGUCAUAUCCCUGACAUUGUUAAAGGACUUAAGACAACAGAGGAGUUCAGAUCAUUUGAAAGGAGAUUAGAUAAUCUCCAUGAUAAUCUUCAACAUCUUCAAGACACAGUUGACAAGAAUUUCAAGGCGACAUAUGAUAUGAAUGAAACAGCUCUGUCGGACCUUGAGAAACAGAGCGAUAAGAUCAAAGUUUUUUUCAAUCAACUGUAUGAAAAGGUAGAAAUGGAUAUUGUGAACAAGAAAAAUGAGGAUAAAAGAUCAUUUGAGGUGUGCUCCAAAGAUAUAAUUGUUUUGCAAAAAGAUUUGCAUGAUUUGAAAUUCCGCCGCGAUACUUUAAAAAAGAAUGGUCAAAACUGUGAAUUGUUCAUCUUUAUAAAAAACGCGCGAUUAGCUUUGAAAAAGGUUUCAAAUGAUGUAAUGCUACUUUCGAAAAAUGGAAAAGUAUCAAAAGUAAAGUACAAACCAUCUGAAGAUGUUGAGAAUAUGAGAAAACAUAUAAAAGAACUAGGAAGUUUGGUCGUCGGUGGGUCGGAGACGAAAGAUCAAAAUGAGACAG